UGCGCCUGCGCAGCGCCGUGCGGGAGCCGCCAUGCCGGAGGGGAAGGCAGUGUUCCGGGAGGUGCUGCCCAAACAAGGGCAGCUGUCGGUGGAAGACGAGGCCGCCAUGGUGUUGUGCAAGCCCAAGGUGCUGCCCCUCAAGUCGGUGACCCUGGAGAAGCUGGAGCAGCUGCAGCGGGCGGCUCUGGAGGCGGCGCGGCCGCCCGAGGGGCCACCGACGGCUGAUGGGGCAUCCCCGAUCCGGCCUUAGCCCCGGGGAGGGGCGGUGAGGACCCUGCCCUGUGGUGGCCGCCCCCGCGACGCGGAGGUAUCGCUUUGUAACGGAGGCUGCGGAUUAAAGGCUGGCCCAGAA